AUGUUUGUGGAAGAUUUUGCGAGAUUAUUGCUCGGAGCUGAUCAGUUGAAUGGUUUGGUAGCCGAUGUUAUAUGCAAUAAACAACCAAGCAUCGGAAAUCCUAGUGAUUGUCACUCUGGAGCAGUAACGUGGGAAGUGAUAUUCCGACUGGGCACGUUUACUCCUAAUCUUGAGGAAUUAGCAAAGCUUUACUAA